AUGUACAGAUCCUUUGGCGGUGGCAAACCGAGUUCACUUCCUCCAGGCGUUUCACGUACUGUCCUUUUGGCGGUGGACGCUUGGCAUGGACAUUUGACUUUUCCAACUGAUUUUCUGAAUUGUCAUCAAAGACUUCCAUCGACAGUUUGUCAGUUUGCCAUGAACAGACCCUUUGGCGGUGGCAAACUGAGUUCACUUCCUCCAGGCGUUUCACAUACUGUCCAUUUGGCGGUGGACGCUUGGCAUGGAUGUUUAGCUUUUCAAUAA